AAAAGUGCCUAUUCCAACCUGAACAAUAUGGAUCGUGCCGAAUACCACCCGGACAAUAGAAUAGUGCCGAAUACGACCCAAACAUAACCAAAACUCAAAAAACCCACCCGAACUCAUAAACGUUACUCAAUAAAGGACCUUGACUAACACACGGUUAGUUAACCGUGAAAUAUAUACCUUAACCGUUACGGUGACAUACAAAAGUUUCCAUGGGUUUAACUUAACGACGUCGUUUUGCUUAUUAACACAAAAUAUGUCGUUUUAGCUCAGGUUGUGAUUCACAACGUCUCUCUUCUUCCCCAAUUCUCUAGACAGAAAACGAAGAACCCUAAAAUUCAACAUACACGAAGAACUCAUGAGUGUCUAUUGGUUAGAGUGAUUGUAAGAGAAACGAGUGUUAGAAACUUCAAAUCGAAAUCACUCAUCAAUCGUGAGACAGUAGCAGAGGCAAUAAUGAGUGAGUGGGAGAUUGUCACAUUCAAUGUGAAAUAUGGUGGGUACUGGGUUAAGAAUCUGGCAGGAGAUGUUGGUUAUAUUGGUGGCGAGGUUAAAACUCUCGAAGGAAAACCAGAGGAUCUUUAUGUUAUGCUUGGAACUGAGUUUAGGCAUGGAUUGUAUGGACAAAGUUUAUGGUAUAAGCUACCAUUUGAAGAUCAUAAAGAUCGAAAGAUACUGGGUAAUGAGGAUCCUAGUUUUAGAAGGAUGUGUGCUGCAGGCAGAUGGACAGGCAUUGUGAAUGUGUUUCUAGUGAACACAAUAGAGCAUCCGCGUGAUGAGGAGCAAGAAGUUGCAUUUGAUGAAGAUAUUCGGGUUGAAAGGAAUGUGGCUGGUUUUGUUGAUGAAGAAGAAGAUUUUGACUACCAUAACACGCCACCGAACUCUGAUGGUGAAGAAGAAGAAGAGGAGAGCUUUGUGAGAUUCAGAAGAGGUAGCGGUCAUCUGGAGCUAAGACAACUUUUUGACACUGUAGAGGAGUUCAAAGAUGCAUUGGUAGAGUAUGCGCUCAAGGAAGGACGGAAUAUCAAACUUAACAAAUGGGAGAAACUCAAGUCUUCAGCUGUGUGUGCGACUGAAGGGGGCUGUCCAUGGUGGAUAUAUUGUUCUUAUGAAGAGCGACUUGGAAAGUGGAUGGUGAAGACAUAUUUUGAAGAACAUAGCUGUCAGAAGGAUGGACAUAGCAGGAUUCUAAAAGCUCCCGUGAUCACGAAGCUGUUCUUGGAUGAUAUUAGGACUGAUCCAGACAUGAAACCAAUGGCUAUACAACGACAAAUUGAGCAGAGGUUCAAUUUAAUUACAACAAUCGACAAGUGUAAAAAGGCCAAGGCAAAAGCCAUUGAUAUAAUAAACCGUGACUAUGAAGAACAGUUCUCAAGGCUGAAAGAUUAUCGGUUAGCAAUCCUUGAAAGUAACCCUGGAUCAACUGUGGAGCUAGACACUGUGAUAAAUGAUGAAGGAUCAGAAGUCUUCCAAAGGUUCUACGUGUCUUUUGCUACCAUCCGAACCUUAUGGUCAAUGUGGUGUCGUCCUAUCUUCGGACUUGAUGGGUGUUUUAUGAAAUCCACACUGAAAGGACAGUUGUUGGCUGCGGUGGGAAGAGACGCCAAUAAUGGUAUGUAUCCUAUUGCUUGGGCUGUUGUUGAUGUGGAGAAUGAGGACAACUGGAUAUGGUUUAUAUCAAAGCUGCAACAAGAUUUUAAUCUACAAGCGGGCCAAGGUUAUACUGUCAUAUCUGAUAGACAAAAGGGGUUGUUGAAUGCGGUUGAAAGGAUAUUACCUCAUGUAGAACAUAGGAUGUGCGCGCGCCAUAUAUAUGGAAACUUGAAGAAGGCCUUUCCAAGUCAACAUGAGAUGAAGAAUCUGUUUUGGGCAGUAGCUGAGAGCUGCACUACUCGCCAGUAUGAAGCUAGUCUUGAAGCUGUUCAACGCUAUGAUAUGCGUCUAUUCGCGGCCAUCAUGGAAAAAAAUCCGAAGAACUGUAGCCUUGCCUUCUGCUCUCCAAAAUCAUCAUGUGUGGAUGUGCACAACAAUAUAUCUGAGUCAUUCAACAACGCUAUUGAUCCAGCAAGAUAUAUGCCUAUGGUGGAGAUGUUGGAGACUAUAAGAAGAUCAUCAAUGAUACGCAUUGACCUGAGAAAGAAGAUAGCAGCAAAUACUACAAGUCGUUAUCCUUCUCGAGUAAUGGAGGUAAUCAAGUAUGAGCAGGAGAAACUAAAGUUCUGUAAGAUUAUUCCAGGUGGUGAUGAGCGAUGGGAGGUCCGUGAGUCUAGUGUGUCACAUAGUGUCAAUCUGAGGUUAAGGACUUGCGCAUGUCGCAGAUGGGAUUUGAGUGGAAUACCUUGCCGCCAUGCCUUACGCAUCAUCGCAGAGAAGAAGCUCAACUACGAAGACUACAUCUCAGCUUGGUUCCUCAACUCUAGGCAACAACAGAUUUAUAGUGACUCAAUAAGACCGGUUAAUGGCAUGUGUUUCUGGAACAAAAAUGGUCAUUUGGUUAUUCCACCCCCAAGCUUGGUGGAUCAAACUGAGAGCAGAAAGGGGAGAAAGCCAAAACCAAAGAGGAAGAAGGGAAAGAAUGAAUCACCAACUAAGAAAAGGAAGGUUAGUAGAGAGAAAAGGACUAUGCAUUGUGGUAGAUGUGGGGUUGCUGGCCACAAUGUCACAAAGUGUUCAAACAUAGGUGUGCCAAUGCAUAGGCCACCAAGGAAGAGAGCAACAAGGACAAGCGAAGAUGCGCAAGAUACAAGAAAUUUGGAUUUUGGAGAGGGGCCAAGUCAAGCAACACAAGACUAGGUAGUGUCAGGUAUUGACUCUCGAUUUAAUUCUGCAACUUGAUUUUUUGUAUUUACUUAAAAAAAAUAUUUAGGUGGUUUGUGGUGGAGUCAUGAAGCUCAACUUUUGGUUUGUGACGGAGGCAUGGAGCUUUUUGAACUUGGGUUUUGGCAGCUUCGUUUAGUUGUUUCUGUGGUGGAGUGAAGCAUUAGCCAUAGGUCGUUGUCAUUUGUUGUUUUUUAUGAAUAUUGUAAUGACAAAUUUAUAAUCCAAAUGCUUGGUUUUCGACUUCGUAUCAGAGUUGUGAUAUAAUUAAAAGUUUCUUAGGUUCAAGCAUAAACACCAUUAAAAGGGAACACGAGAAUCAUCAGUUUUACAAGAAAACUACAAAUACAUCAUUAGUUUUACUACA